AUGGCUCAUGAUGGCCUCGAGAAACUCCCCCCCUCGCCAGAUACCGUGUGUGGUCCGGCCUCGGAGGAGGGACUGACGAAAGGGAAAGAGCAUGAUGACACUUUCGAAAGCCGGUCCAUUCAUUCUGAUCAUUCGGGUCAUUCGACAGUCGUUGUCCAGCAUGAUGUCGAAAUCGGUCAAGCUGCACUGACCAGGACGAUAACUCCCAAACGGCCCGUUGUCAAGGUACCGCGGUCGGAGAGACGUGGUCUUUUUGCUCGUUUCUGUGUCAUGGCCGAGGUCACAGAACCCACAGAUUAUAGCAAUAGCAUAAAGUGGUUCAUCACCUUCGUCGUGGCCAUUACUGCCGCUGCCGCCCCCGUGGCUAGCGCCAUCAUUUUACCGACCCUGGAUGAGGUGGCUAGAUCCCUGCACACCGACGCGACCACCACCAACCUAUCAGUUUCAUUAUAUAUGUUGAGCAUGGCCAUUUUCCCCCUCUGGUGGUCGGCUUUUUCAGAGACGGCCGGGCGCCGGACCGUCUACAUCACCUCAUUUGCCUUAUUCAUCUUGUUCUCCGUCUUGAGCGCCGUCUCCCAUUCAAUAUCCAUGUUGAUCGUUAUGCGACUGCUGGCUGGAGGAGCUUCGGCGUCUGUGCAAGCCGUGGGCGCGGGAACGCUCGCUGAUAUCUGGAAGUCACACGAGAGGGGCAGAGCGAUGGGGAUCUACUUCUUGGGACCUCUGUGUGGGCCAUUACUGGCACCUAUCGUGGGUGGUAUUCUCGGCCAAGUUUGGGACUGGAGAGCAACUCAGUGGGCUCUCGCCAUAUACGGAGUCUUGACUUGGGCAUUGAUCUUCUUCGGUCUGCCUGAAACCCUCAAGAUACGCAAGGAUGUGACGGAGGAAGUCCUGGCGGAUGUGGCAUCGUCGAUCAACAACAGCAGCCAUCGACCUUCACUGAGUCGAACGUCGACCCGAGAAGUGAUACAGGAUAAGUCAAAAAAGUACUUGAAGAUUGCACGGACGUUUUUGUUGGACCCACUGAGCGUCAUCCUGUACCUCCGGUUCAUGCCUGUCUUGCUGACGGUGUAUUACUCGGCGGUUACUUUCGGUGCGCUCUACAUGCUCAACAUCAGUAUCCAGUAUUCUUUUGAGAGGGAGCCCUACGACUUCUCGACCAUCAUCAUCGGCUUGCUCUAUCUGCCCAACUCCGUCGGGUAUAUUCUUGCCAGUGUACUUGGCGGUCGCUGGAUGGACUAUAUCAUGAGGCGCGAGGCGAUCAAGGCAAAUCGAGUGGAUCAACACGGAAAAUUAAUCUUUCGACCAGAAGACCGCAUGCGCGAAAACGCGUGGCUAGGUGCAUUAGUCUAUCCUUGCGCCUUGAUAUGGUACGGAUGGACCGUUGAGAAAGGUGUUCUGUGGGUAGCACCGGCCAUUGCGAAUUUCUUCUACGGCGUGGGGUCCAUGCUCAUCUUCGCCAUGUCCACCACUAUGUUGACCGAGUUCAUGCCACAACGAUCCUCCUCUGGUGUUGCCUUAAAUAACUUGUGCCGCAACAUUGUAUCAUGUGUUGGCACUGUUGUAGUGGCUCCCCUCAUCGCGGCAAUCGGGAAUGGUUGGCUGUUUACCAUUCUGGGACUUUGGGCAUUAUCAAGCGCCUCGGUCAUUUGGGCGAUGAAACGAUAUGGCGAAGAUUGGAGAGAAAAGAUGGAUCGACAGCUCAGAUAA